ACGAAUGGCAUUCUUCAGGUGGUCUCAGCAGUGAGCAGUGGGAUUUUGCACGUUCGGUACUUUCUCCAUUAAACUUGAUGACUAAACAUUGAAUCGUUCGAAAACCAUGUAAACAAGUUUAUCGUUCAUAUUGUGUUCAAGUAAAUAGUAAUAAUUAUUAUUACUAUUUACUGCGUGCAAUUUAACAUGGACAAGACCGAAGACGACUGUUCGGAAUUGAACAUUUCCAUUUUACAAUUGCCGACCAGGGAACGAUUGUCGUGUAUGUUGAACGCCAAAAAAGUAUUGCCAUCGCCUGAAAAUUUUCCCAGAGAUUGGAGAGGAUUGUGUACGCUAUUAAACUAUACUAUACCGUCUGGAUGUGAUCCGACCGAUCCCGUUGGCAAAAUUUUUAAAUUUUGCGAAAAUAAAGUCACCAUAGCUCAUUUUGUCAACUGCUUAGAACGGUUGGAUAGAUAUGAUGUUGCCGAUGAAAUCAAAGAUAUGAUCAAAAAUGACAUAAGUGAGUACAAAAAAAAGAAGUUUUCAUUAGCGAACCCUGGGCCGGUUAUAAAGUGUCAAGAAAACGAUGCCGAUAUUAUAACAUUAGAUGAUCUUCAUACAUCCAACAACAAUCUUCCUUUUACAAGAUAUGAUGCGUUUUUAUUGUUCGACGAUGCAGACAUAGAAUCCGCCACCAAAGUCGUACAACAAUUAGAGAAUAACUAUAACCUGAGACUUUGUUUGAAAGAUCGCGAUUUGAGACCGGGCGUAAUGUUUGAAUAUCAAUCGAUCAUAAGACUGAUAUCCGAUCGAUGUAAUUGGUUAAUUACAAUUGUGUCAAACAAUUUUCUCAAUAGUCCUUGGAAUAGAUUUAUUAUAAAUUACACUCAAGUCUUAGCAAUUGAGCAACGUGUUCCAAAAAUAAUUCCGUGUGUGUUUGGAGACUGUAUGUUACCUCCGGAACUCAAAUGUUACGUCCAUUUGUUUUUUAAUCGCCAUCACCAAUUUUGCGAUCCAUGGAAAAAACUUAGAAUUACGGUUUCACCCUAUUCUACUGAUAUAUUAGCUAAAAGAACUGAUGUUGUCGAAGAUUGUAAACAAAAACUUGAGACGAUUAUAGAUUCUACUUGCAGCAAUAAAAUAGCAAUAGAACAAAAAGAUGAUGACAAAAUAUAUAAAGAAGAAAUCCAACUGCCUCCUAAGAACAAUAGAAAUAUCUUGGAAAGAAUUAUGCACUCUGUAGGCAAUUUCUCGAAUAAAAUCGCUCACCCGAAAUCGAAUAAAAAACGAAAGCAUAAAAAGAUGGCUGAAGUUUCAACGCUUUAAUUAAAUAAUUAAUAUUGUUUCUAUGAAACAAUAUUCGUAGCUAUUAAAACUUAUAAAACAUUUCAUUUGAUUUUCUCAAUCUAAAACCUCAAUUUUUAUUUAAUUCUACGUAAGAGGUUAUGACCGCACCUGAAAGAACGAUAUAAAGAUUCUUACCAAAAUUAUUAAAUUAUGAACGCUGCAAUUGUCCUGCAAAUGAGUCCUACUGUUGUUUUUUUAUACAAACUUUGUUUAAUGUUUAAAUAUAUAUAU